AUGUAUGAAUUGUUUUUGUUUCAGUAUGCUGCAAAGUUAGACAGUGAGAUUAUCUAUGAUGGGGACUUUGACUAUGAUUAUUUUGGAUUCAAAACCCUUGAUAGGUCUUAUCUAUUGAAGAUAGAAGGGAAUGUUGUGGAAAGGGCUCAACAUAUGCUAAUGAGAGUCGUUGUUGGGAUUCAUAAAGAAGACAUUGAUUCUUUGAGUAGCUGUUUCCUGAUAUGCAUGAAAGAUGAUAGCAUUGAAGGAAUCUAUGAUACUCUAAAAGAAUGUGUUGUUAUCAGCAAAACAGCAGGGGGUAUUGGCGUCUCUGAUCAUAAUAUUAGAGCAACUGGAAGCUACAUACGUGGCACAAAUGGAACAUCUAAUGGUAUUAUUCCAAUGUUGCGUGUGUUUAAUGAUACUGCUCGAUAUGUUGACUAA